UCUCCACUAUCCACAUCUUCACAAGCCCUGUGUGUCCCCAUAACUUUUCAACUCUCUCUCUCUCUCUCUUUCUUUUCUUCCUUUGCAUAACUACCACAUGAUUUCAGGUUCCAUAUUGCAUCUUUCUCUCUCUAUUUCUACCUCUCAUGAACCCACUCAUCAUCACCAUCCAUCAAUUAUCGAAUCAAAUGGAGUAACAAAGCACUUUCUCGGUUUCCCUGAAAGUGCUUUUGUCCAUUUCUGCUGAGCUGAUUACUGCCAAAACAUGUUUCAAAAUUGAACAAGCUUCACUUGACAAGUUAUUCCUACUCAUAUAACAUUCUCCUUCUCUGUCCCAUUCACUCUCCUUGAAUAAGAACACCCAAAAUGAAUGUUCCUGUUCUGUUCCUACCCAUUUGGGUGAUGAGUGUUUCUCUUUCCUCUGCAAUUCUUCAUGCUGCAUCCUCCAUUUCUGUUUCUCAAUCUUCUGCAAAUGCACAAGCUGAAUCUCCAGUAUUGUCUUAUGUUGAAACAGGAUUUCAGGAGGUUAGAAUAGUGCACCACCAUAGUUUGAAUAAGAGGAUUCUAGUAGCACUAAUUGCUUGUUCUGCACUUCUUGGAGGAACCUUCCUAUUCUUGCUAUAUGUCUGGCUCCGUCGACAUAAAUAUGUUCGAAGCUCAAAUGGUAAAAGCCUAGGAACCAUGGAGGUUGCAAAAGCGGAAAGUGUAAGCUCUGUUAAUGCUAAACUUAAUUACUCAAGGAUGGCAGAUAAGAAGAGUUCAGUAGCUAUUUUCGACUUUCAGCUGUUAGAGGCUGCAACAAACAAUUUUAGCACAAACAAUGUAAUGGGAGAGAGUGGCUCUAGAGUUGUUUAUAGAGCUCGUUUUGAUGAACAUUUCCAGGCAGCAGUGAAAAAAGCAGAUAGUGAUGCUGAUAGAGAAUUUGAGAACGAAGUGAGUUGGUUGAGCAAGAUACGGCAUCAGAAUAUCAUAAAACUUCUGGGCUAUUGUAUUCAUGGUGAAUCAAGGUUUCUUGUCUAUGAAUUGAUGGAGAAUGGAUCUCUGGAAACUCAAUUACAUGGGCCUAAUCAUGGAUCACCGUUAACUUGGCAUCUCCGGUUAAGAAUUGCAAUUGAUGUUGCUCGAGCAUUAGAAUAUCUCCAUGAGCACUCCAAUCCUCCUGUGGUUCAUAGAGACCUAAAAUCUUCCAAUGUUCUUCUGGAUUCUAACUUCAAUGCCAAGCUAUCAGAUUUUGGACUUGCUAUAGCUUCUGGAGUGCAACACAAGAACAUGAAGAUGUCAGGAACUUUGGGAUAUGUGGCACCUGAGUACAUAUCACAUGGUAAACUAACUGAUAAGAGUGAUGUCUAUGCUUUUGGGGUUCUCCUUCUAGAACUCUUAACAGCAAGAAAACCCAUGGAGAACUCGUCCUCACAACAAUAUCUAUCCCUUGUCUCAUGGGCCAUGCCUCAACUAACUGACAGAGCAAAGCUUCCGAGUAUUCUGGAUCCUGUUAUCAGAGACACAAUGGAUUUGAAACAUUUAUAUCAGGUUGCUGCAGUGGCUGUACUCUGUGUCCAACCAGAACCAAGUUAUAGGCCAUUGAUAACAGAUGUUCUGCAUUCUCUCAUCCCUUUGGUGCCUGUUGAGCUUGGAGGGUCACUCAGAGUUACAGAACCAAUCAGCUCUGAGAAUUCUCACUGAUAUCAGACAAUUGUGUCUUCAAAGAUGGUAUUUGUGCACCUUUUUUACCCCACAAUUGUGUUUCCCACUGAUAUCACUCAUGUUUUUGAUCGAGCUCAACCAUAUAGCUGACUUCACUUAGUGGGAUAAGACUUGUGUUAUUAUUGUUGUUGUAAAGAGAAAUAUCCAAUUAUGAUCAUCCUUUUCCAGGUGGAGCCAUCCUUUUGUAUGCAACCUUCCAUGAUUGCAAUUUGGUUGUUCUUUGUAUUAGUUGUAAUUCAAUAUAAUAUUAUCAUCUUUACAAGCUAUGAUACACAAUCAUUAUUCAUAAGAUAAAAGUAAGUUAUACUUGUCUCA